UAUUCAUUCCUUGCCAGUGAACGGACCUCGCUCGGUACCUGCUCCCGCCGCCUGACUUCACCACAAAGCUGAAACGACGCUUCGCAUUUUACCAACGAAUAAUAAAGAAACAAACAACAACUCUCUGUCCUUCAUAAAUUUACCGAGAGAAAAAACAUUUGCAACCAAAAACCGACAUAAAUCCUCCUGCGUCACAAACCAGAGGAUACACAUCCGCUCAGAGGGCCGUUGAGCACAGAAUAUUUACGUUUCAUUUCUUUCUUUGAAAAACCCAAAAUGAAGACCAAAUUUAUCAACGGGGUUUCCUCUUCCCCCUCCAUGUCGCUGGGUCUGCUGGUGACCGAGAACGCCCAGCAGGUCCAGCCCAACACCGAGGAGGACUUUAAGGAGCUGGUCUGCGCCGACCAGCCCGACCUCGAUACCCGGCGCAAAGCUUAUCUGUGGUGCCGAGAGUUCCUCCAUGGAGCCUGGAAAAGCCUGUCUGAGGAGGAUUUCCACAUCACCAUCAUAAGGGGUGGUCUGAGCAACAAGCUCUUCCUGUGCAGCCUCCCUGACAGCCUGGACACUGUUGGGGACGAGCCGAGGAGCAUCCUGCUGCGCCUGUACGGGGCCAUCCUGCAGAUGUCCUGUAAUAAAGGGGAUUCCCGACAGUCAAACAAAGAAAAUCACUUCCAAGGGGCCGAGGCCAUGGUGUUGGAGAGUGUGAUGUUUGCCAUCCUGGCGGAAAGGGAGUUGGGACCUAAACUCUACGGUAUUUUCCCUCAGGGCCGACUGGAGCAGUACGUCCCUAGCCGUAAACUGGACACCUGUGAGUUGAGCGACCCAAGCAUCUCAGCGGAGGUGGCCGAGAAGAUGGCCAAGUUUCAUGGAAUGAGGAUGCCCUUCAACAAGGAACCCAAGUGGCUGUUUGGAACCAUGGACAAGUACUUGAACCAAGUCCUGAGGCUGAACUUCACCCGAGAGUCCCACCUGCGGCGCUUCAACCGCCUGCUCAGCUACAACCUCCCGCAGGAGAUAGAUAUGCUCAAGUCUCUGCUGGAGUCCACCCACUCUCCUGUAGUGUUCUGCCACAACGACUGUCAAGAAGGGAACGUCCUGCUGCUGAAGGGUCGCCAGAGCUCAGACAAACAGAAGCUGAUGCUGAUUGACUUUGAGUACAGCAGCUACAAUUACAGGGGCUUUGAUAUUGGCAACCAUUUCUGUGAAUGGAUGUACGACUACAACUGUGAAGAGUUACCUUUCUUCAAAGUCAACGCUCAGGCCUACCCUUCAAAAGCCCAGCAGCUCCACUUCAUUGACAGCUACCUGCGUGAGUCUGACCCAGGGUUUGACAACCUGAGUGAAGAGGAUCAAAUGAAAGUGAAGGAGGGGCUGUACGUGGAGGUCAACAGGUUCUCCCUGGCAUCCCACUUCUUUUGGGGCUUGUGGUCCAUCAUCCAGGCCCGCCUCUCCACCAUCAAGUUUGGAUACCUGGAGUAUGCCCAGGCCAGAUUUGAUGCCUACUUCCAGCAGAAGAAGAUCUGGGCUGUCUAAUGCAGCAAGCUGAUUGGAUGGAUCGACAACAUUCAGCCAAACAGCAGAUGGAGGACAUACGGGCUGAUAGACUCCACGAUCCAUGCUUUACUUAUACUCCCUGCCUCCAGAGGAUUUGCUGGCUACUGUUGGUGUCGUGUUGCCCAAAGCCAAAACUUGAUCACAAGGCUAGGUGCUUAAAAGUACGAAAUCCAUUGCAGCUCAAAGUUUACACUGCGUAACUCCUUGAGAGCCAAAAAAAAAGAAAGAAAAAACAUCCACUCGUACUAACCUUCAUCACCGGUCAGAACUGCUCUCUGCUUUGGCCUAUCACUAACAUGAGGGUUACGUUUUGAGCAGGAGAAGGGUGGAUUUCGGUUAAGGUUAGAUUGGAAACAUUGCAUCAAUGUUUAUGUAUUGAUCAUUCCCUUAUGGAAAUGCUCUGUUGGAGAGAACCAAAAUGUGAACUUCUCUUCCUGCUUACAGCAGUAGCCAGUUGCUAACUAUGUAUAUUAUAUAUAGAUCUCAAUGUGCCAGUAACCUGGCCCUGUCUGUUACUGAUGGGCUGACUUGUUGGACAGUGGAAUCAUGACCGACAGGUCAGAUUAAUGUCCACACUUCUAUUACACCCUCGCUUUUUUGAACGGUUGUAUAUGACAUUUUCUUCAGGCCUGGGUAAAUACAGUUAUGUUGUAUUUUCAAGUAUGUGAAUAGGUGAGGUUCCUUUUUCUGGGUAGCUGGUUAAACUCCACCAAAUUAAAAUCAAACACAUCAGACUUUACAAUUACGUUCCAAACUUUCCACUACAAUUAGGUCUCAGUCUUUGUGGCUUCCUAUGCAGUUGCACUGAUCAGCUGAAUUUGCUUAAAGUGUUAAAUUUUCACUAACAGAAGUUUGGUGGGUUUAAGGUAUUCUUUUGGAUGCACAUCUACAUGUAGUUUGCACAUUGAGUAUUAACAUUUGCAUUGUCUGAUUUAGCCAAAAAGACAUUCCAGCCAUGCUUUAUAAGCCUGGGGAAUGGUUGCUAUGCUCUCUAUCGGACACAAGGGAGGGAACUGACCAUAUUUUUGCUUUUUUACUUUUAUAUCAUCACUGCGUUGAAGAAAAUGUCACACAGUACACAUGGCUGUGGUUCCUUAUUGUGGUAGUGGAUUCUUUGGUGAUGUCUCUGGUUUUUUGGCAAAAGAGCCUACUGCCAAUGGGCCUCAUCAUCGUACCCAUAAUCCAGAAUAACUACACAGGUUCACAUCAUACUGCACAGCUGAAUUUUUCAUAGAUUACUUAUUUAAAUAAAUUGUAGCUGAACAGUAUCUCUGUUAAAGCGGCAUUUAGUAAAAUAAGGCUUUUACUGUAUCUAUCAGUGGACAAGGCUCAUAUUAUGGCCACUGUCUGCUCUAGCAUGAUGAAAGUCUUACUUAAUGCACAUUUAACAGAGGAAUUCAGCACUGGAGCGGUAGAGCACUGUGUCCUGUGUGCGUCAGGCUUACGUCAUAGGCUCUGCUUUUAAGCUUUCUCCUGUGGGAUAAUUGUUUAAAAUGAGAGCUGGUCAGAGUGAUGCUCUGACUAAUUCGUCCUGCUGUCUCUCAUCCAAACAUCCUGAGACCAGCUCACUUCUACCUCACCCAUGAGAAGUCAUGAGAAGUGCACCAAAUACUCAAGAACUAUCGUAUUGUGCACAGGUCCACAUACAAUUGACUUUAAAUGAGACUUUGAUAUCUUGAAUUUUUGUUUAUUUGCUAGGCACCUGUCUCAUUUUGGUUUAAAAAAAAAAAUGGUUAGCAUUCCCCAUUCCACUGUAAUUUGUAUCUGUGGCUAAAAUCUAGCUUCUUAGCUCACCACUACGGUAGCAGUGCCUAUUAGACUUAAUUAGAAACGCUAACACUGACAGCAAAGCGUUACAUGGCAGAAAUACAUUUUCUAGAUACACUUCUUUCACAUUGCCCACAUUGGAAGGGAAGAAGAACAGACUGAAAUUGACCUUUCGCUAAACCCGCUGCCUCAGUUACUAUUGCUACAUCUGUGAAUCUCAUAGGCAUUUUACAAUGAUUUACCUCUCAAAAGUAUUUUUAAAACAAUAGGCCCCUGAUGUCAGACAGUGGUCGACAGAAGCAUCAGUUUCAACAACUGUGAUCAGUUGCGGCUAGCUAGCUAAUAUUGUAGCCACACAAACUAAUGGUCAACUACCAAUUAAUAGUGAUAAUUAGGUACUAAGCUAGUUAGCUGGACAUGCUAACAAUUUACAUUUAUGUUGGAGCAGACAGCACACUCUCUACUCCAUUAUUUUGUCUUUUAUUUAAGUUGACAGGGACCACAUAUAAGAAACAUAAAUUCCAAUACUUGAAGUCUGAUGCAUUAUACAGAGAUGUAGCUAAAAGCGAGCAGGUUAAACAAUAAUGCAAUAAUUUGCUCACGUGUUUCUGGUUUUAAAAGACUAAAAGAAACAACAUCAUUCUCCAAACUCUUUAAAUGCCGAGUAUUUCUCUUACUACAACCCCAUGCACAACACGCCUGUUAGAGUUACAGGUGCGAAGCCAUGAUUGGACAGUCGCUGUUGGAGUAAGGGUUUAGCGAAAGUCAAUUCAAAAGCUGUGAGUAGUAAUACAUGAUACCGCUUGGAAACAUUUUAUUUGAUCCUUGUUUGCCACAAAAUGUAUAAUUCAUAGUUGCUGUGGAAAUAUACAUAAAGAAAUGCAGCUUAAAAACACAUUGCACUGUACUGUGUGACUGUGCUGCUACACAUGAAAGCUGUGCAACCACCACAAAGGCUGACAUGCAUAUCCAUAUUCCUGUUAGGUUGUAGUGGGUUUAUACAUCCCUGUUUACCUGUGAGCCACUGGGAUUUAGCGUGGAAGCCCCCAAAAUGAAUAUGUGACUCUGUGAAGUGUACAGUAGGCAUUACUUCGCACUUCUUGCGGGAAUGGCUACACAGUGAUAUACACUGUACACAGAGCUGAGGGAACUGAGCUGGAUCAUAAUCUGAUCACUUGCAGUCACUGAUACUGGAGCCAUCCAGAGGUGUUUGAAUGUCUACUGUGGCACUUUUGAUCUGAGAACACCCCACAAUAUAUGUAUUUGAGCGUUUUCAUGUUUAAACAUUUGGGGGUUGUUGAACUGUGACUCUUUAAGUUGUUGAAAUGUUAGUUUCAUUGUAUUUUAUUGUAUAUUUCUAUUGUUAUAUUUCCUUUGGAAUGUGCUUCAUGUAUAGUUUUAAAUUUAUUUUGAGAUAUAAUGGGAAGCACCAGCAGAAUGUGCGGUGAAUUAAACUGGACAACUAUUCAAAAUUGAAAAGUGUAAUUGUUACAUCCCUUGUGAGGCAAUACUUUACACCCUUUUUAUUUCCAGAACCAUUCGGAGGGUGUUUCUUCUAUUGAACCUUUAUUCAUAAGCUUUGUGUUUGUUUUCUUGUCUUGGAUUUUCUAAAUGUAUCACCUUCCCAGUCCUUUCACUGCAAGCAAUUUCUAACUAAAUUUUGUUGUCCUUUUCUAUUGAUCUUUUUUAUUGAUUGAUUUUUUUUUUUAUUUGUCAUAGAAAAAAUGGACACAGUGAUCUGUAACAAUAGCACAUUCCAUAAUUGUUACUUAACCUUCAGUAUCAUGUACACUUCGGACCAGAGGAACUAAAAUUUAGAUCUAAUUGGUUCUUCAAAUAAAAUUGUAAUUUGUCCCCAGUAGAGAACAAACAACCUCGAUUCUGUUCAUACUUGUAAUUUAAUGUAUGUAAUAUUCACUAACAAAAAUAUAGAGGGUCAUCAACUAUCCACAUAUAAAGAAUGAGAAACUUGUACCAUAUCAUUCUUGAGAAUGUACAUUGUGUUAAUGUAAUACACUUAUGUUUUUGUCGAAGAACACAUUCUGUUCUGUGAUAGCACUCACAAAGACACUAUCAUGUGACUCACAGCGAUAAUCUUUGCUAUCUAUGCAGCAAUACCGAAUGCAUAUGUACUAAAAAAAAACUUACGUUUUCAUUUACAAGGUUUCGGGUGAACUGCUGCAGCAUAGAAAUGACCCUGGCUGUAAAUUUCCUUUUUUUUUGCUUUGCACAAAUAAAAAUGUCAAAGAAAACAA